AUGGGCCUGAAAGCUGAUACCUUAUUAUUCUUAUUAGGAGGUGUUGCAAAUAUCAUAGACCUAUUAACAGACAUAUAUUACAUUCUCACUCAGCACUUUGCAAGUAGAACUUUAUAUUACGCGUCUAUAUUAUUUUUGGUCGCCCCAGGAAUCCUUAUCGUCUCUUUAUGCAUUUUAACAACAUUUUAUGAUCUUAUAAGGAAUAAAAGAAGACUUUUGUGCUUUAGAGCAGGUUUGAGCUUAUUUUUUGCCUUUGGCGAACAAACUGGUUUAACGCUGAUUAUUUUUGCAGUUUAUAUUUAUCUCAACAAAUCUAAAAGAGAAGAAAGAGAAUUAAUUGAUUUUAUGACAAAAAUUACAGGUGUAAUCCAAGGUUUUAUUAAAAGUAUCCCUCAAAUAAUUUUGCAAGUAUAUAAUGGAGGUAGCUUAGGAGACUGAAAUUAUGUGCUAAUAAUAUCAGUGGGGACAAGCGUAUUUUCAUUAGUUUAUACAUGUGGAAUGACACUGUUUCUUUAUGAUAGAAUAACAGAAAAGCAUGUUCUUCCUAGUCUAGUAGAUACAAGGGCAAACUACUCCUUUGAUAGGAGUAAUCUUAAAAUUGCAUGGGAUGAAGACCGUAAAAAUAAUGAUUCAACUACAAUAGAGCUUAAAGCAAGGGAGUAA